GGCCUUGGAGGAAAUCAACUUCCGGGGGCAGAGGUGCUAGAAGCCGGGUGGCGCGUGGGCUACCUUAACUUGUGAGACUGGGGCCGCGGUCUCCCCCGGAGGGUCUGGGGUCGUGCCCCGGGUGUGCGCGUGCGGGUCUGAGUGCUGGGGGCGGCUCACCCGCCGGCGUGGGGGAGCGGCGCGGCGGCGGCGAGCGAGAUCGGGAGCAGGCGUUUAACCCUCUUUACGUGACUCAGAGAAAGGGGACCUCAUUCCAAGUUCCAGUAUUGUUCUGGUUUCACUUGAAGAAUGGAUGAUGAUGAUUUUGGUGGUUUUGAGGCUGCAGAGACUUUUGAUGGUGGAAAUGGUGAAGCACAAACAAUAUCUCCUGCUAUUCCUUGGGCUGCUUUUCCUACAGUAUCUGGGGUCCAUCUUUCAUCAGCUUCUCCUGAGAUUGUACUGGACCAUAACCACUCUUCUCCUUCAAUUGGUUGCCUCUCUCCUGAUGCCGUCAUUUCGUCGCCAGAGAAUAUGCAUGCAGACAACAGCAUUAUUCAGCAAUCAACAGACACUCAUCUGGAUAUCUCACUUUUUCCAUUGGUUUUAACUGAUGAAAAAAGUAAUGGAACAAUUACUCUUGUGGAUGAUUCUGAGGAUCCUGGAGGCAAUGUAUCCAACAUACAGCUUCAGCAAAAAAUUUCAAGCCUGGAGAAUAAACUCAAAGUAUCUGAAGAAGAAAAACAGAGAAUUAAAAAGGAUGUGGAAUCAUUGAUGGAAAAACAUAGUGUCUUAGAAAAAGGCUUUCUAAAGGAAAAAGAGCAAGAGGCCAUUUUAUUUCAAGAUAGAUACAAGGAACUUCAGGAAAAACAUAAACAAGAAUUGGAAGACAUGAGAAAAGCUGGUCAUGAAGCCCUCAGCAUUAUUGUGGAUGAAUAUAAGGCACUACUGCAGUCCUCAGUUAAGCAACAAGUAGAAGCUAUUGAAAAACAGUACAUUUCUGCAAUUGAGAAACAAGCACACAAGUGUGAGGAACUGCUAAAUGCUCAG